UGUGUCAAAAAUCCUUAUUCUUUUCUCUGAUGCAGGAGUGGUGAAAAUUUUUCCCUGUACCGAACCAAAAAAUCUCGAAAAAGUACUCCGGAAUAGCCAAUUUUUGUAAAAGUUCAAUUUCUCAACCCAGAUAUCAAAUGCUGCUUCAGUAGUUCUUCACACGUUUUAGCGGUGGUCGUUAUUUUUAACAGACAGAAGGAAAAAACCUGUGUGCGACCCAGGCAAUGCAGAUUCCACUAGUGUUAAAAUUUUGCCCUGAAAGGAAGGAGUUUGUCAAAAGAAGCAAAAACACCAACAGCGGUAAUCUGCGAUGGUGCCAUUUACUGGUCGGUGGAGUUUUCGUGCUGCUACUGCUGGCGAUUGUUGCUCAGGCCGCAUCCGGUGCUGCUGAUCCGUACAAAAUUCUAGGACUGCAGAGGCAUGCCACCCUGCAGGAUAUUCGGAGAGCAUACAAACAGCUAGCAAAGGAAUGGCAUCCGGACAAAUCGGAUCACCCGGAAGCGGAGACGAAGUUUGUAGAGAUCAAGCAAGCCUACGAGCUGCUGUCGGAUUCGGAACGACGGAAGGCGUAUGAUCUGCACGGGAUUACCAAUGAGGAUGCCUAUCUGUACAAGGAACGACCGGAUUACAGCAGCUAUGGACGCUUUCCGGAUCCGUUCGAGCAGUUUUUUGGUCAUAAUUUCAAUUUUCACGAUCAGGAUAUAAGCCUGUUUCACAAGCUGUCGAUAACGUCGAAAUACUACGAAUCGAAUAUCGUCCCGAAAAGUUAUCACACUCCGCAGAUUUUGAUGUUUUAUUCGGAUUGGUGUUUCUCCUGCAUGAAGGCAGCCAAUUCGUUCAAAAAGAUGAUUGAUACAUUGGAACCGUACGGUGUGACGUUCGCCACAAUAAACGCUGGUCACGAGAAUCAGCUGGUGCGGAAGGUUGGAGUUCAUUCGCUGCCAUGCGUGAUCAUGGUUCUGGAGGGACACAAUUACGUGUAUAAAGAGAGCGUUUAUAAUACGCAACGCGUAGUGGAGUUUAUUAGACAAAAGCUGCCUUACAAACUGCUGCCAGUGAUUGAUGAUGGUUCGAUAGAUGGGUUCCUCCAGGGCUGGGCUGACAAUCGCGUUCGAGCGCUGGUUAUGGAACCCCGAGUACAACCGAGAUUACGCUACCUUAUCACGGCGUUCCACUUUCGCGAACGAGUGGCGUUCGGUUUCGUCCAAUUAAACUCCGUAAAGACUAAACAUAUUCAGGAACGGUACAAGGUUCAUCCCUCACUGGACACACUGUUGAUAUUCAAUGAGGAUUCGAGUCGCCCGGUGGCUUCGAUUUCGAUGUCGGACAUUCCAACGCCAACGCUGAACAAUAUCAUUUCGGUGAACCAGUAUCUGGCACUGCCACGACUGUCUUCCCAGGCGAUACUGGAGGGUGUUUGUCCGGCAGAAUGGAAUCGUCCCCGGAAACGGUUGUGUGUGGUGCUUGUUACGGAGAAUACAGCGACGCACGAUGAUGCCCGGCAAGCGAUGCGGCGGAUAGCGAUGGCAUCCAGCUACAGUCCGGAGCGGGUGCGAUAUGCCUAUAUCUAUCAGGAGAAGCAAACGGAGUUUAUCAGUGCGUUAACGGAACAUGGUAAGUUGGAGGAAACUGUACUGAAGGUGGUGAUCAUCUGGCGGCGGGAUACCAAGCACAUCAAGUACGAGUGGAUUCACGAGACGACACUGCAGGCGACGGUGGAUAAGAGCGGCGUCGAGAACGAAACGCACGAAAUUAAUUUUAAUAACACUAAGCAGAAGCUGGAUGGGGCGAUUCAGCGGCUGCUGCGGUCGUCGGAGGCUUUGAGUUUUGAGGCGGAAGUGAAGGAUCUGCUCGACGAACACGCGCAAGGGAUGGUGAUCCGUAUUCUGAACAAAGUUCUGCUAGCGUUCGAGUACAUGACGGAUAAUCUGGGUCAGGAGCAUAUUCUUCCUGCGCUUUCCGUGGUGGGAACGGUCGCUUUCAUCUUAGCCGUUGGGUAUCUGAUGUCCUAUUUGGUACGCAUAGAGGAGGAAAACAUCCAGAAGAAGCAGAGUGCAAGUUCGAACGGUAAAAAUGGUAAACUUGCCAACUACAUCCCGGAACUACGUCUGCACGAGCUCCGGGCGGAAAAGUAUAACGGACUGGUCCGUCUGUUGAAACCCGGCUGUCGAACUAUCGUUCUGCUGACGGAUUUACAGUCCCGCAACAAGCUGAUCCCAGCCUUUCAUAAAGCGGUUUGGCCCUACCGGAAUCUCGAUUCCGAUUCCAGAAACAAAACGCUCAUGUUUGCCCACAUGUUGAUCGAGAAGGGCAUCGGAUGGUAUGCGGAGCUGUUGCGUCUUUCGCUGUCGGAAUCCCGCGAGAUGAAGAUCAAUCCACGGAACUGCAUCGGAACGGUAAUUGCGCUGAACGGGCAUCGGAAGUACUUCUGUAUGUAUCACGCUAAGCAUCCGGAGUCGAAUCGUGGCGCGAAGCGCAUGAUGAAAAUGACCCGUCAGCUGAGCUCGCUGCCGUCCGAUCCGGAAGCCGGUGCCUUCCUCGGUAUGGAGAGUUCCGACUCGGAAGCCAGCACCUCGGAUGUUUCCGAGCCGAAGAUCCUGCUGGAGGAAAACCUGCUGGAUGGACUGCCCAACUGGUUGGAUCGGUUGUUCGAGGGUACCACCCAUCGGUACUACAUCAACUACUGGCCCGAUUUCACUUCGAAGUAAGCUUGAAAAUUAAGUCCGAACACUCACACUCAGACACUGUCUAGAUAAAUAUUUGUUUAGUAGUUUUUUAAAAAGCCAAAGACGAGGAUUAUAUCUAAUACUGGGAAGAGGGAGGGAAAUAUUUUACCGCGCAGCUUCCUCCACUGACACAGCACUUGUUCUAAGAUUUAGUCGAAAGACACGGGAGCAACCGAUUUGUUACGUUUUCAUCUUCGAUCUUAAUGGUAUUUUUUGCUACUGACUCUAUUUUCUAGCAACUUUUUUUAGUGAAUUAAGCAGGUAUGGGGUUCGUUAACUAGUUGGCGUCUGUUUGAGUCUUGACCAGGGAGAAUGUUCAGAAUCGGUAGCGCCUAGCCCUGAACGCUGAAAAUUGGCAGCCAUUGGAUUAAACAGGAGGUCAAAAUUUCGCAAAGGGGUUUGUAGCAUCAAUGAUUUGCUUUUUGUUAGAGAAAUAAGUAAUUUAUUUCAUCGACAGUUUAGACAACGUUCUUUUUAUCUUCAUCUCUUAUGUGCAGGAACUUAACUUGUACCUCUGAACUUUAACAUCAAUCAUACCUUCAAUUUGUCUGCCUUCUUAGUCUUUUAAUUUCAAAAUAUUCCUACAAAUAAAAAAGUUUUGAAAAAAUCUUUAAAAUUAGAACUCAGUAAAAAAAUAAAAUUGAUUUAUCCUUUUCACUGUAGAGAUGAAGAAAAAGAAGAUCGUUGCAGCUGUGGAUCUAUAUAGUAAACAAAUCAGCCAUAGUGUCCAUGAUAAUUCAAGGAGCCAAAUACAUCACACCACGACACGACGCUAGAUUCAAAAAAACGGAGGAGUCUUUUGUUCACAUACAACACACUGUUCUGUUUAGUAUCGCAACAAUCAAUCUAGUCAAAUUUCAACCUAUAACAGAAAAGCUCCCGAAACCCGGAAACACAGCGGUAAUGUUUCCACUAUUAGUAAUACACACAUAUGGAUUAAAGGUAAAUUAAAUGUAACAUAUAAGCAAACUAGAAUAUUCAAAUCAAAACAAAUUAGAACCAAUUUCCUACCAACCUCUUCUUUUGCAAACGAAAGAAUUAAGCGUUUAACACGCGCGAGUCGCGAAAACAUUUUAUAGUUUUCUGUAUGCCAUUAAAUAACGAAACAAAAACCAGUGAUCCACGGAAAGACGCACGACCGAAAAUGGAAGACUGCAUUUGAGGCAUUUCUUGUUUUCUAUAGUAUGAAUAGAAUGCACCUUCCAUUUUGUUUUCCUUUUACUUAUUCUAGAAAUCCGGAAGAAAGUUAUGAACUAAUCGCAAACGCAAAACGGUAGUUAGUUAAACCGUCUAUUUCGCUCGGAAAGCGCGCUUAAGAACUUUUUUAACGGAUGUAUCCAUUCUGGAAAGACCAAUCUAGAAAGUCCUAGGGUGUCGGUACUAGCGCCGACUUACGGAACUUUGUAACAAUAAGAGAAGAAAAGGGGUUUCCUCCGGGUUAGAGGUAACUGGAUAAUGUUAAAUGCGAUUAAAAUUUAUAAAACCUUCAAACACCUUUAAAGUAUUUAGGUUACUUUCACACAAA